CAUUCUCUUGGACUUGUCGCACACACCUCACAGCAACAUGAGCGACGGGCUAACCGCUAGCCCGUCGCUUAAGAGGCACCACGUUAGCCGCUACGGUCAUAAUUGCUACGGAUUCUUGUCCUCCAUUGAGCUCAUUUUAUCUGACACUGAGCAUGUCUGAACCUCUCAUAUGCAUGUAUGCGUGUUGUUGUUGUCGUAGUCGGUGCCACUAGGUAGUUAAUUGAGGUGAUACUCUGGAACCCAGUGCCACCAACACAAUCAAUGGUUCUACCUUCAUCAAAAGAUUGUUCUUCCUCUUUUGACUACAUCUAUCGAGUUCCUAAAGUUUGCUCGAAUCGCAUCCUCUUCCAGAUUUCAAGGGUUUUUCCAUUACUCUGACUGUCAUCAAAGUGCUCAUACACGCUUUAAAAUCAUGAAGUAUACGGGCCAUUUCGAUCUCGAGCCAUGCGCUUUGCAGCGUGGAUCAAGCAUUGAUAUCGUAGCUCUUCUGACUCAAGACAGUUCUCAAAACGUACGAGACUCAGCGGGAAAGGGCCACGUAUCUCAUUAGAAAUCGUUUCAUCCACACUCAUCGUGAACAACGUCGAUGUUUAUAUCUCUCAUCUGAUCUCUGAACAGGAAGUGUCCAGCCCCGACGAUCAUGGAAGAUCUUCAAUGAGCUUUACAGCGAAUCAGAGAGAGCAUUGCUUCUGGGCUAGACCUGAACGAAAUAACACGUACCUCCUGCCACAUGCUGAUAUGCAAGGUCGUAGGCUGAUUCCAGACAAAUCAACACUACAAUCUUCGCUGGCUGAAGUUUUAGUUAUAUGACUGCUUGUCGUGACGACGACUUUCUGCGGAUAAGCCAUAAUUUGCCGAAUGUCGUAAUGACAGACUAGUGUUAAGUUUUCUUCUGUUAUCGCAAGAGUCGCGUCAGUGAUUGGUCCUGUUGCAACGCGAGAUACUUCCAGAUUAAUCUCCUUCCCUUCGUGUGACGAUGGAGGUUUUGAGCACCAUACCAAUCCUGCGCAUUUUUGACUUAACGAAGGCACAAGAGUUCUACAUCGAUUUUCUGGGCUUCAAAGUGGACUGGACGCACAAAUUUGAGCCCAAGAGCCCCACAUACAUGCAAGUGUCCAGAGCUGGCUGUCUUUUGCAUCUCAGUGAGCAUCAUGGAGACUCUUGUCCCGGCUCAACCGUUUUCCUCAAAGUCACUGGCCUUGAGAAAUUCCACGAAGAGCUCAUGGCUAAGGACUACGCAUACGCGCGUCCAGGCAUCGACGCGCGUAUGACUCCUUGGAACACCAAGUCAGUGGAAGUUACAGAUCCUUUCGGAAAUCGCCUACGCUUCAACGAAUACUUGAAAACUUGAGGCAACCAGUUAAGUACAGGUUUGCAGUAUUUUGGAAACAGUCGUUUGAUCCAAAAGAUGUGUGUCACAUGUGCCGGCAUUAGUUUUUGUGGCCCCGAUGGCCUAUCGGAGAGGAGGCCAAGCCAUUCUGGCAACUUCUGCACAAAUUUUUGCAUCGCUGAGAUAAAAGUCAAGGUAGCUUGGUGUUUCAAUGCAACUUCGAGAUUGGACGCCUAACCAGUGAACGGUGCCAACAUAGUGAACCUUGCUGCCUGCAACAUCCGAUGCAGAGAGUUUUGUAGCUGUCAAGUGAUGUGUAAUGAAGGUGAGAGGAUGAAACUGAGAUUUUGAAAAGUCCGAGUGAGUCACAAUCCAGUCGAAGAGCGGGAUUCGUCGUUUCCAUUAUUUCCUAUAGACUUGGUUCUGAGUUUGUAGAGAAAUAGUGCAAAGUGUCUACUGCGUGCAUUCUAACACCGAAACGGAGUCGAGGAAAUAAAUCGAAAUUGCUUCAAGGACGGCAGAUGCGAUGUUUCCCGCAUCCUUUGUCUUGCACUGGUAGUGGGAUGGAUGCUCGUGUUUCCGCUACACUGGCUGAGCUUGUUGGCUUCUGAGAAAUCAGUACGGCACUGAGCACUCAUGUUCCAGCUGAACAUUUGAGGAAUUCUGCUCUUCAGUUCUCCCCGAUGCCAUCAUUUCAUGAACUCACAAUGAGUAAGGACACUGAAUGAAAAAUAAC